UAAAAUAUAAGCAAUAAUAUUCAUCAACAGUGCAGAGCACAAGUUUAACAUGGAAUUUCCGCAACAAGUCGAAGCGCAACUGUAAUUGGCCUAUAAGAUAUAUCAAAUAUAUACUUAUUGAACUCACAGUCCUAAACAAGUAUUUACCCACCAGAGAUUCUGGUCUUGCAACAACGAGCAACAUAUACCUACGAUGUCGUAAUGGAGUCUCCGCUAUAUCCCAAGGUCAACAAUAAUUUGAGCUCAAAGCUGUCGCCCAACGGUGCUGGUGACAAGAUGAGCUCCAGCAUGAACAGUAGCAGUUUGGAGGACACCACGCCCAGUGAUUCGGGCAUACAAAUGCUGGAUUCGGAGAAUAGCGACGUUAUGCUAGAGUCCAUCAGUUCACAGACAGGUCUGGACUACGAGGAGCAGCCGGUGAAGGCAACUCGCGAUCCUGUGGACACCAAUUCGAAUGUGGCAGUGGAGGAGACCAUGACCACAAGCGCUUGUUCGACCUUUGACAACACAGACAAGAUCGUAUACAGACGCAAGGUGCACAAGGCUUCGGCGACGCCGAAAGCGCCCAAGAAGCGUGUCUCCUUUCACGAGGACAUCCUCAAGAAUACACGCACCGACAACAUACACAUCGAGCAUGGCUUCAUCACCUACAAAAACGGACGCAAACUGGCCGUUGUGGGCAGCAACUCAGCGGGCGUGGCUGGCGCUGCUGGUCGCUAUUCCUGGUGCGCGGAAAGGGAACGCGUCCAAGCACCCACUGAGCUGAGUGCGGCGGGCCAAGAUUUUGAGGAGGCGGCUGGCGGCGGCGCGGGCGGACGCAGUCGCCGUCUGGUCUAUCGCAAUGCUUGCUCCGAUGUUUUGGACUAUGGCAAUACGGACAUCUACGAUACCAAUGAUCCAGUCGGCCUCCAAUAUGACAACUCGGGCGUCUUUGAGUAUGCGCCCCCAGCUGAGGACAAGCAGCGGGAUGAGCGAUUGCUCUAUCGCUGCGCCUGCAGCAGCUCCAAUUCUAGUCUGGAUUCGGAUGAGCAGGACAAGAACUCGAAUAGCAAUCCCAAUCGCAAACAAUAUGAACAGGCCAAAAGCAGCUCCUGCGAUUGCAUUGGCAUGAGCCAUGCCAACAAUAAUCUAAUUGGCGAUAAUUGCUACUAUUCGGAGCCCAAUAUUGAAGAUGCGGGCAGUCCCAAACAGAAAUCCGUGUGGAACAAGGAGAAGAUGCCCAAGUCAAGCUGUUUAAAGAAGACCAAACGACACACGAACAUCAUACACGAGCAGGAUCUCAAUGGACGUGUGAAGAAGUUCAAUGUGCACGACAUCAAGCAUCAGCUGCUGGACAAUAGCAGCAAAAUGAUCUUUGGCUCGCUGAAGAGCAUUUUCACGUUGCCGCUGCCGGAACGUGGGGUGCCCGAAGGCUCGGAGGACUUGCAGGCGGUGGUAGAGUGUGUGCCCGAGCUGGAGCAGACGCCCGAGCAUAAAUCCAAGCAGUUUGACUCAUCCAACUCGCCGCCACUCAAAGCCAAACCGUUUCUCAGCAAGAGUCUCGAUGGCAACAAGCAGACGCAGUGCGUCAAGAAAUUCGUGCACAAUGUGGAUGAGCAGCUGCGUCGCAAAAAUGAUGAUAGCUCCGCUGAGGCCUCACCCAUGGACAGCCAGCAGUCGCCUCACGUGCUGCGACGUCAAGAUGAGUUCGAUAAGGAAACAGGCGCCGCAACGGCACCAAUUGUCACCAGCACACAGAGCGAAUUCCGCAGCAAGUUCAUCAUCAAUUGUGAGAGCACCGUCUUCGAGCACACGGGCGUCUCCUACGAGACCAGCGCGCCCCAGCAAUCAGAGCCAUUCUCCAUGUCAAUGACACAGCACAGCAGCGUCGCCAGCUUGCUGGAACGCGACACGCCCAUUGCCCAGCCAGCGAGUCAGAGUCGCAGCUCCUUUAUGGGCGCGCCCCUGGCCAAGACAUUCAGUAACUUCUUUCGCAGUCUCAAGGAGAGCUCAGUCAACACACCAGUCGAAAAGGAGCAGCAGCACCACCAACAACAGCAACAACAACAAGCAGCAACUGAUAGUUAUUUUGCUACGAAAAUGUCAAAGACGACACAGCCACAGCAGCAGCCGAUGCCAGCCAGCAAGCUGCCCACCACCCACUCUUCAUCCACCAUAUCGGAGCUUAGCUCCAUUAGCAACAACACCAACAGCAACUCCAAUUCCUUUCCCAAGCCCCAAGCGCAAAACACAGUCCAUGCUUUGGUGCUGGGCAGUGUGGAGCGACAGUCACGUCAUCUUCCAUCGCCGCUGAAGAAGCGAAGCGGGCAGCCACCACGCUAUGGCGACCAGCAGCAGCAUCACCACAGUCGCAGCCUACACAGUCCCAGCAGUUUUUUGGGGGUAGGAGGCGGUGUCGUUGCACCUGGCAGCAGUGGACGUGACUCGAAGGCGACCAUUCUCAGCGAGGAGUUUGACGAUAUAUUGACCAUAACGACGACAACAGAUACGGCAAAUGAGCGACCCUCCACAGAGAGCGAUCUGGUAAUUGUGGACUAUACAGAUGUGGAUUAUGGACAGCUAUUGAAACCACCAGCGCCAGCGGCCAAAACCUCGCUCAUUAAUCGCUUUCUGCGCAAUGUAACCCAAAAGAAAAUACUUGAAUCCUCGAUACGCAAAAAUGAUUUCUUUGCCGAUAAGCUGCGCAACGAGCAAAAAUCCGUUGGAUCGCAUCUCUAUGUGCGUGGUGCGCGGCCCAAGAACUACGAACUGAUUGACGAUUUGAAUGCUGAGAUUGCAAUGGAGAUUGAGAUGUCGGGCGCCAACUCGCCACGACGCGAACUGGCCGUCGGCAUGGAUAUGGAUUUGCCAGGAGAUGUUUCACGUUUCGAGCUGGGCAUCGGUGAAAUAUCCAUUGACCUAUUCAAUGGCAAACAGUUGUCCAUUCUGCACGAGCCCAACGAGCAGUUGCUAAAGGUCUUCAAGCUAUACACCGGUUAUAGCAACGAGGGAUUUAUGACGCCGGUGUUGGUACUGCUUACAGACAAAACGUUGUAUGUGGCAGAUCUGGUGCGUAAUUGCCUGUGCGCCAAAUUCGUGCUGGCCUACAAGGAUCUGGAUGUAAUUUUGAUGGGCCCCUUUGGAAACACGGUGCUUUUGAGCAACAGCAUGCGGGACAUGCAACAGGUACUACUUGCAGGCGGACCCUAUCCAGCAGAUGCACUGGUCGCCAAUCUAGAGCUGUGUGCACGACGCAGCGGCUCCACAUUGCCGGCAGUAGGUCAACUCACCUUGGAGCAUUUGGCGCCACUGCAGGCUUUUGUGCGUGCCAACAGUUGUGUGGGCAAGGACGAAAACUGGAUGUUCUAUGCGGUGGUCAAUAUGCCAGCUGGCGGCGCACUCGGCAUGGGUUUAGAUGGUGAACAGGAGCCGCUGGGUCCCCACAUCAAAGGUUUUCUUAUGAAUCGACGCGUGCGGGAAACGGCAACAGUAGCUGCAACGACUAAAAUCCACUGGCAGCCCGGUUACUUCUUACUUAAAGCUGGCGUUCUGUAUAUGUUCAAUGAUUCUACACAGAAACUGCCCAGCUGGGCCAUGGCGUUGGCGGAGUGCCAGGGCGCCCGGCGUGCCGUUAAAUCAGCCCGUCCGCAUUGCUUUGAGAUUAUGUUGAAAGGCGAACUGCUGCAAAUGGCGGCGCCCGACGAGUAUGUGGCCUCCGAGUGGCUACAGGCGCUACUGCAAUCGGCCAGUGGUCUGUUUGAGAUGCAGGAGCGACACAAAGCGCUAGGCUGCACUUUAAUAGUUACACAAAAUCAUUUGAUAACGCUGCGCGAGGACUUCUCAGCGCCACUGCGUCAGCUAAAUCAGCAGGUGGAGACGCCACCAGCUGCUGCAGAGCACAAGCAGCUGCUGCGCGAUGAGGACAUGCUGUGCAUCUUUGAAACUAGCAGCUUGUUAAGCUCGACGAUGAGCACACCAACACGUGGCACUCAACGCUCCUGUUCCUCGCUUAACUCGACGCCCACCAAGCACUCACAGGAUGCGCCCAGAGCGUUGCAGAAGACUGCUGCUGCUGCAGAUGCAGCUGGACAAUCGCAAAGGAUGAGCAGCGUUUAUGGAAAGAACUCUGGCCUCGAGAUACUCACGUGUGCGGAUAUAAAAGCAAUGACUGGCAUUAAGAUACCCUCGCACAGUGAGACCUGGUGGUGCAUACUAGAGUUCUCCUGCCAGGAGGCGCCGUUGGAGUGCUUGGAUGAUUUGGUUAUAUUCUUUGCCAGCAGCAUGGAAAUGCAGCGAUUUCUACGGCUGCUCGAGCAACUCUGGCAGGCCAAAAAUAAUGAUCUCUUCCCCAUAACCAUACUGGACGAUGAUGAAACGCUCGCAGAGCAGUGCACAAUGCUCUAUUUGGAUAUUAAUCGGGCCUGGGAACCGCUACUAUCUGCUGCACUCGGCUAUCCACUAUAAACGCGAAAACUACACAAAUAUACUCUAUGUCAUAUAUUCAUAUUUAAUAAUUUAGCUAGAUCUGUGCAAAAUCACAUAUGAAACAAAAUGCUUAAUAUUGGAAUACUCGAGCAAAAUUUGCUGAAAAAUCACAGACUUUAUAUCAGCAUAUAUACACACUUUAUAUAGAUGUAGUUAUAUAUCAGUGUCUCUAUUUACAGAUACACGAUAUGCAUACACUUUGUA